AACAUCGUUAAAAAUCAUAAAUGGGCAGAGGAAGGACAACCACUGGCACUGUAAUAGCUUGUCUUUUGAAACUUCGAAUUGAUCAUGGUAGGCCUAUUAAAAUCUUGCUUGAUACUAUGACCCAUGAAGAGGUGGAUGGUGGAACCUCCAGUGGUGAAGAGACCGGAGAAAUUCUGAUUCAUAGUGCUGACCAGCUAGAAAAUUAUGCGAAAGCUGAAGAAGCUAAAGCUGAGGAGCUUAUAAAGGCAGUUUCUGAUUCCGGUGCCAAAGUAAUUGUUAGUGGAGCAGCAGUUGGGGAGAUGGCACUUCAUUUCUGUGAGCGCUACAAGCUUAUGGUUUUGAAAAUUAGUUCAAAAUUUGAAUUAAGACAAUUUUUCCGCACUACUGGUGCUGUUGCUAUGAUAAAAAUUAAUAAAAAGAAAGAAAAAGAUAGGAGAGGAGAGGGCCUAGCAUGCAUGAGGGGCCCGAAGGCCACUGAGAGUAAUAGUACAAUUACUGUAUAA